CCGCCCCGCCCUGGAGCCGGCAGGAAGCUGCCCCGCGUGAAAGGGCCUGUGUCCUGCUCACCCUCCAAAGCCUCUGUUCCCGGCUCUUCCUCCCUGCCCCGCGCGCCGCCAGGCAGGGGCUGAUCUAAUCAUCAGGGCAGUCCGUUGCUGGCCAGAGAGAUGGACAGGCUGUCACUGCUGUGUUAAGAGAGCGAAGGGGGAGUGUCCGGGUGAUACCAGGUUUAUUGGGGUGACUGUUUGGUGUCACCAAGAUGACGCUCCAUGCCACCCGGGCAGCUGCACUCCUCUCUUGGGUGAACAGUCUGCAUGUGGCCAGCCCUGUGGAGGCCGUGCUGCAGCUCCAGGACUGCAGCGUCUUCAUCAAGAUCAUUGACAGCAUCCAUGGCACUGACGAGGGGCAGCAAAUCCUGCAGCAGCCGGUGCCAGAGAGACUGGAAUUUGUGUGCAGUUUUUUGCAAAAAAACCGAAAACAUCCCUCUUCUCCGGAAUGCCUGGUGUCCGUGCAAAAAGUGAUAGAAGGGUCAGAGCUGGAAUUGGCCAAGAUGACCAUGUUGCUCUUAUACCACUCCACCAUGAGCUCCAAAAGUCCCAGGGACUGGGAACAAUUUGAAUAUAAGAUUCAGGCUGAGUUAGCAGUCAUUCUCAAGUUUGUGCUGGACCAUGAGGAUGGGCUAAACCUAAAUGAGGACCUAGAAAACUUCUUACAGAAAGCUCCUGUCCCUUCUACCUGUUCCAGCACCAUCUCUGAAGAGCUGUCCCCACCCAGCCACCAGGCCAAAAGGGAGGUUCGCUUCCUAGAGCUACAGAAGGUCGCCUCUUCCAGUGGGAACAACUUCCUCUCAGGUUCUCCAGCCUCCCCCAUGGGCGACAUCCUGCAGACCCCACAAUUCCAGAUGAGACGGCUGAAGAAGCAGCUUGCAGAUGAGAGAAGUAAUAGAGAUGAACUGGAGCUGGAGCUGGCUGAGAACCGCAGGCUCCUCACCGAGAAAGACGCACAGAUAGCUGUGAUGCAGCAGCGCAUUGACCGCCUGGCUCUGCUGAACGAGAAGCAGGCGGCCAGCCCGCUGGAGCCCAGGGAGCUUGAGGAGCUCCGUGGCAAGAACGAGAGCCUCACUGUGCGUCUCCAUGAAACUCUGAAGCAGUGCCAGGACCUGAAGACAGAGAAGAGCCAGAUGGAUCGCAAAAUUAACCAGCUUUCUGAGGAGAAUGGGGACCUUUCCUUUAAGCUCCGGGAGUUUGCCAGUCACCUGCAGCAGCUACAGGGUGCCCUCAAUGACCUGACAGAAGAGCACAGCAAGGCCACUCGAGAGUGGGUGGAGAAACAGACCCAUCUCGAGAAGGAGCUCAGCACGGCCGUGCAGGACAAGAAAUGCCUUGAAGAGAAGAAUGAAAUCCUUCGGGGAAAACUUUCACAGCUGGAAGAGCAUCUGGCCCAGCUGCGGGAGAACCCAGCCCGGGAGAAGGGCGAAGUGUUGGGGGACGUCUUGCAGCUGGAAACCCUGAAGCAAGAGGCAGCCUCUCUUGCUGCAGACAACACCCAGCUCCAAGCCAGGGUGGAGGCGCUGGAGGCUGAGCAGGGCCAGCGGGAAGCCACGCUGCUUGCCGAGCGGGGCCACUUUGAAGACGAAAAGCAGCAGCUGGCUGGCCUGAUUGCCGAGCUGCAGGGCUCCCUGUCCAACCUCAGCCAGGCGAAGGAAGAGCUGGAGCAGGCCUCUCAGGCUCAGGGGGCCCGGCUGUCUGCCCAGGUGGCCACACUGACUUCUGAGCUCACCACCCUCAAUGCCGCUCUCCAGCAGCAGGAUCAAGAACUGGCCGGCCUGAAGCAGCAGGCCAAAACGGAGCAGGCCCAGCUCAUGCAGAGCCUCCAGCAGCAAGAACAGGCCUCGCAGGGCCUUCGCCAGCAGGUGGAGCAGCUGAGCAGCAGCCUGAAGCAAAAAGAGCAGCAGUUGGAGGAAGCUGCCCAGGGGCAGGAGGCCGCCAGGCGAGACCAUGCCCAGCGACUGGCCACUGCCGCCGAGGAGCGGCAGGCUUCUUUAAAGGAGAGGGAUUCGGCUCUCCAGCAGCUGGAAGCGUUGGAGAAGGAGAAGACUGCCAAGCUAGAGGUCCUGCAACAGCAACUUCAGGCCACUAAUGAAGCCCGGGACAGCGCCCAGGCCUCGGUGACUCAGGCCCAGCGGGAGAAGGCAGAGCUGAGCCAAAAGGUGGAGGAACUCCAUGCCUGUGUUGAGGCAGCCCGCCAGGAGCAGUGUGAGGCCCAGGCCCAGGUGGCUGAGCUAAAGGCCCAGCUGAGGUCUGAGCAGCAAAAAGCAACCGAGAGAGAAAGGGUGGCCCAGGAGAAGGGCCAGUUCCAGGAGCAGGUCCGGGCCCUUGAGGAGUCCUUGAAGAUCACCAAGGGCAGCCUGGAGGAGGAGAAGCGCAGGGCCUCAGAUGCCCUAGAAGAGCAGCAGCGUCACAUCUCCAAGCUGGAGGCAGAGACCCGGUGUCUGGUGGAACAGCAUAAGCAGGAACGGAAGGAGCUAGAAGAAGAGAGGGUUGGGCGCAAGGGGCUGGAGGCCCGAUUACGGCAGCUGGGGGAGGCCCAUCAAGCUGAGAUGGAAGCCCUGCGGCGGGAGCUGGCAGAGGCCGAAGCCUCCCAGCGUGAGGCGGAGGGGGAGUGUGAACAGCUUGCCAAGGAGGUGGCCACCUGGCGCGAGCGGUACGAGGAGAGCCAGCAAGAGGAGGCCCAGUACGGUGCCGUGUUCCAGGAGCAGCUGAUGACCCUGAAGGAGGAAUGCGAGAAGGCCCGCCAGGAACUACAGGAGGCCAAGGAGAAGGUGGCGGGGAUUGAGGCCCACAGCGAGCUCCAGAUCAGCCGGCAGCAGACUGAAGUCGCUCAGCUUCAUGCCAGCCUGGCCAGAGCGCUCCAGCAGGUGCAGGAGAAGGAGGUCAGGGCCCAGAGGCUUGCGGACGACCUCUCCGCUCUGCAGGAGAAGAUGGCUGCCACCGGCAAGGAGGUGGCCCGCCUGGAGGUCUUGGUGCGCAAGGCAGGAGAGCGGCAGGAAACGGCCUCCCGGGAGCUGCGCAAGGAGCCGCCGAGGGCCGGAGCCAGAGAGGCCGAGUGGCCGGAAGAGCAGCAGGGACGCCAGUUCUGCAGCACGCAGGCGGCGCUGCAGGCCAUGGAGCGGGAGGCCGAGCAGAUGGGCAGUGAACUGGAGAGGCUGCGGGCUGCGCUGAUCGAGAGCCAGGGCCAGCAGCAGGAGGAGCGCGGGCAGCAGGAGAGGGAGGUGGCACGCCUGACCCAGGAGCGGGGCCGGGCCCAAGCCGAUCUUGCCCUGGAGAAGGCCGCCAAGGCAGAGCUGGAGAUGCGGCUGCAGAAUGCCCUCAAUGAGCAGCGUGUGGAGUUUGCGACCCUGCAGGAAGCCCUGGCCCACGCCCUGAUGGAAAAGGAAGGGAAGGACCAGGAGCUGGCCAAGCUUUGUGGGCAGGAGGCAGCCCAGAGAACAGAGCUGGGGGAGCUUCGGCAAACUGUGCAGCGACUGAAGGAACAGCUGGCCAAGAAAGAGGAGGAGCGCCAACAGUCUCCAGGGCCGGCCAGUGGAGAAGACCCUUCUGGGUCAGGAGCACAGUCGGAGUCUACUGGAAAGAGCAAGCGGAAAGGCCCUGAGCUCGAGGCUCUGCGGGCAGAGGUGAGCAAGCUGGAGCGGCAGUGCCGGGAGCAUCAGGAGAGGGCCUCUGGCCUGGAGCGCAGCCUGCAGUGUGAGCGCGCCUCCCGCGCCGAGCAGGUCGGUGCUCUGGAGGCUCUGCGGGGCCGGUUAGAGGAGAAGGCCCAGGAGCUGGGGUGCAGUCAGGACACCUUAGCCACAGCCCAACGGGAGCUGGCCACCCUCCGCGCCAAAGCCCAAGACCAUAGCAAGGCUGAGGACGAGUGGAAGACCCAGGUGGCCCGGGGCCAGCAGGAGGCUGAGAGGAAAAACAGCCUCAUCAGCAGCUUGGAGGAGGAGGUGUCCAUCCUGAACCGCCAGGUCCUGGAGAAAGAGGGGGAGAGCAAGGAGUUGAAGCGGCUGGUCGUAGCAGAGUCGGAGAAGAGCCAGAAGCUGGAGGAGAGGCUGCGCCUGCUGCAGGCGGAGACCGCCAGCAACAGCGCCAGGGCUGCCGAACGCAGCUCCGCUCUGCGGGAGGAGGUGCACACCCUCCGGGAGGAGGCGGACAAACAGCGGGUGGCUUCGGAGAGCCUCCGGCAGGAGUUGGCCUCGCAGGCAGAGCGAGCGGAGGAGCUGGGCCAAGAACUGAAGACGUGGCAGGAGAAGUUCUUCCAGAAGGAGCAGGCCCUCUCUGCCCUGCAGCUGGAGCACGCCAGCACACAGGCCCUCGUGAGCGAGCUCCUGCCCGCUAAGCACCUUUGCCAGCAGCUGCAGGCCGAGCAGGCGGCUGCUGAGAAACGCCAUCGCGAGGAGCUGGAGCAGAGCAAGCAGGCGGCCGGCGGGCUGCGGGCCGAGCUGGUGCGGGCCCAGCGGGAGCUCGGGGAGCUGGUGCCCCUGCGGCAGAAGGUGGCAGAGCAAGAGCGGGCAGCGCAGCAGCUGCGGGCUGAGAAGGCCAGCUACGCGGAGCAGCUGAGCAUGCUGAAGAAGGCCCACGGCCUGCUGGCAGAGGAGAACCGGGGGCUGGGUGAGCGGGCCAGCCUUGGCCGGCAGUUUCUGGAAGUGGAGCUGGACCAGGCCAGAGAGAAGUAUGGCCAAGAGCUGGCAGCCGUGCGUGCUGACGCCGAGACCCGCCUGGCUGAGCUGCAGCGGGAAGCACAGAACACUGCCCGGGAGCUGGAGGUGAUGACUGCCAAGUAUGAGGGUGCCAAGGUCAAGGUCCUGGAGGAGAGGCAGCGGUUCCAGGACGAGAGGCAGAAACUCACUGCCCAGGUGGAGCAGCUAGAGGUAUUUCAGAGAGAGCAGACUAAGCAGGUGGAAGAACUGAGUAAGAAGUUAGCUGACCAUGACCAAGCCAGCAAGGUGCAACAACAGAAGCUGAAGGCCCAGGGAGGGGAGAGCCAGCAAGAGGCCCAACGCCUCCAGGCCCAGCUGAAUGAGCUGCAGGCCCAGCUGAACCAGAAGGAGCAGGCAGCUGAGCACUACAAGCUACAGAUGGAAAAAGCCAAGACCCACUAUGAUGCCAAGAAACAGCAGAACCAAGAGCUACAGGAACAGCUCCGGGGCCUGGAGCAGCUGCAGAAGGAAAACAAAGAGCUGCGGGCUGAAGCUGAGCGGCUGGGCCGGGAGCUGCAGCAGGCGGGGCUGAAGACCAAGGAGGCUGAGCAGACCUGCCGCCACCUCACCGCCCAGGUGCGCAGCCUGGAGGCACAGGUUGCCCAUGCUGACCAGCAGCUUCGAGAUCUGGGCAAGUUCCAGGUGGCAACUGAUGCCCUAAAGAGCCGGGAGCCCCAGGCUAAGCCUCAGCUGGACUUGAGUAUUGACAGCCUGGAUUUGAGCUGUGAGGAGGGGACUCCCCUCACUAUCACCAGCAAGCUGCCUCGAACUCAGCCAGAUGGCACCAGCAUCCCCGGAGAGCCAGCCUCACCCAUCUCCCAGCGCCUGCCCCCCAAGGUAGAAUCCCUGGAGUCUCUCUAUUUCACCCCGAUCCCUGCUCGGGGACAGGCCCCACUGGAAAGCAGCCUGGACUCCCUGGGGGACGUCUUCCUGGAUUCAGGCCGGAAGACCCGCUCCGCUCGUCGACGCACCACACAAAUCAUCAACAUCACCAUGACCAAGAAGCUAGAUGUGGAAGAGCCGGACAGCGCCAAUUCAUCCUUCUACAGCACACAGUCAGCCCCUGCCUCCCAGGCCGGCCCACGAGCCACCUCUUCCACCCAGUCUCUAGCCCGCCUGGGCUCUCCUGACGAUGGCAACUCGGCUCUGCUCAGCCUGCCUGGCUACCGGCCCACCACUCGCAGCUCCGCUCGCCGCUCCCAGGCUGGGGUGUCCAGUGGGGCCCCUCCAGCACCCCCUGCUCCCGUCUCCCUGCCCCCCACAGGAAGGAACAGCUUCUACGUGGGCACUUGCCAGGAUGAGCCCGAGCAGCUGGACGACUGGAACCGCAUCGCAGAGCUGCAGCAGCGCAACCGGGUGUGCCCCCCCCACUUGAAGACCUGCUACCCCCUGGAGUCCAGGCCUUCCCUGAGCCUGGCUACCAUCACAGACGAGGAGAUGAAGACCGGGGACCCCCGGGAGACCCUGCGCCGAGCCAGCAUGCAGCCAGCCCAGAUAGCCGAGGCCGCGGGCAUCACCACCCGGCAGCAGCGCAAACGGGUCUCCUCGGAGCCCCAGCAGGGCCCCGGGACCCCUGAGUCUAAGAAGGCCACCAGCUGUUUCCCCCGCCCCGUGACUCCCCGGGACCGACAUGAAGGGCGCAAACAGAGCACUACGGAGGCCCAGAAGAAAGCUGCCGCUCCGGCUGUUAAACAGGCUGACCGCCGCCAGUCCAUGGCUUUCAGCAUCCUCAACACGCCCAAGAAGCUCGGGAACAGCCUGCUGCGGAGGGGAGCCUCAAAGAAAGCCCUGUCCAAGGCGUCCCCCACCAGCCGCGGUGGCACUCGCCGCUCUCCGCGCAUCGCCACCACGGCAGCCAGCGCCGCCAUGGCCGCCGCCCUCGCUGCCACCCCUCGGGCCAAGGGCAAGGCAAAGCACUAAAGGGCCAGGACCAGUGAGAGGCCCCACCUGUGUCCUCAAUGCCGACCUCGCCUGGUCCUUUUCCUUCUACUGUCCCUUUCAGUGCCUUCUCUCAGCUCCCAGGCCAACAGUGGCCAGACCCCUAGAGACAGUGAUGCCUGCCCACACCCCGGCCUGGUACCUGGAUGUUCACCAGAGCCUUCGCCAGGUGAACAGAUGUGUCCUCAGAGUUGGCCCCGGAGGCCUGGAGAGUCUGGGUCUUCUCCCUACCUUGCCUCAUGUUUUCUUAGAGCAAAGUCACUUCUCCAUCAUAACCAGACUUGAGGCUGGCUUUGAGUGGCUGGGCCUAAGGGCCGAGUCAGUCCGCCUCUGGAUCCAGAAGAGGGACCACUGGAGGAGCAGGCCCUGGUCCCUGCUGCACCUGCAGGGCCCUUCACUUUUAAAGUCCAAGACUGGGUAUUGACCCUAGUGGGUGCACCCAGAGGUGCUCCCAUCCACCGAAGGGCUCAGAUGCCCAGAAGAUGCUCUUUUCCAGAACAAAUGGGCCCCAAGCCUGGGUGCGGCAGCGGGGGUGGGGGACAGCCUUCAGCUGCAGCUCAUCCCCCACCUUCCCCAGACUUACACUGGGGUGGGAUUUGCAGUGAUGGGAAGGUUUUUAAGGGCCAGGGAUGGAUCUUUUCUAAAUGUUAUUACUUGUAAAUAAAGUCUAUUUUUCUCCCUUAA